AUGGGUCUUCACUACAUGCUAUGCUCGGUGAUUGCAUUCGUCAUGAUCACCAUGCUUGCCUGCAACUUGUUUGUCACCCUCAUCUUCGUCAAGGGCGGUUUCCUCCGCGAGAGUACCUCGCCAAUCUAUCUGAUCAUCUUCUAUAGUAUUUGCAUCGGGACGGCCCAGUUGAUCGUCCACAUCUUCACUAUGUUGCCGGCCAUUUUCCCGAAGGAAAACAUCUUUCCCCUCUACAGUACGGGACACUACGCGCACUCAGUGUUGAUUAUGGUAUUCUGGUACGCCGCGUCGUAUAUUCAUAUUUUGAUGGCGACGAACAGAAUCUCGGUGUUUGUGCUCCCGCGCUUCGCACAGCUCCUCACAUUUCGGAACGUAAAAAUCGCGCUCGUAUUUUUGUCAGUGUUGGCGAUCGUGACGUCCGUCUACACGCAGCUGCUCUCGCCGUGUUGCCGACUCUACAUGGAGCAGCUGACGUACAGCUACAACUAUCUGCCGACGCGCCCCGGCCAUAAUAUGACCCUGAACUACUCGAAAUACUUUGUCGACAUGCCGAUCGAGGGCAGCGUCACCGCAUUUUGCGUCGUAUCCUACGCAUUUAUCUGCUACUACAUCAACAAGAUGCAGCGCCCAUCGCAGGACAUCGACAAAAAGGAGCGCAAGAAUUUGCGGAAGGAGAUCAUGUGUUGCGUGCAGUGCGUGUUGGCCUGCGCCUGCUACACGUUCACCUGGUUCGCCGUCCACUUCUUUCCGUAUCUGGGAUUUACGACGAUGGACGCGUACGCCUCGAUCUCGGUGGUCUAUAUGACGGACUGCGGGAUGACGGCCGUCAUCAUGUUGCUGAACAACGAGGAGGUGCGACGAAAAGCCACCCGCUUCAGCGGCGGCAGCUACGCCAUCGAGCCCACCAGAAAUUCGCAAGCACGCGAACUGUCCAGUACACGCCAGAACGCGUCCGCCAUCUCGGACGACAAGUCCGGAAAGUCG